AUGUCAUUGAGUCAGACAGAAGAUCAUUACCAUUCACAUCUGACACAUGUCAAAAAGAAGAGGGUAGGAAAGGCUUGCGAUUCAUGUCGUAUCAAGAAAACCAAAUGCGAUGGUAAGAAACCAUGCAAUCGUUGUUUGUUAGACAAUAAAAUAUGUGUAUUCACAGAAAAGAAGAAAUUAAAGGAGAAAAAUCAUCCUACCGGAUAUAUUGAUUUGUUGGAGACGAGAUUGGAUAUAUUAUCCAAGCUGUUUGAAAAGUUGAUUGAGUUAUCUAGACCUUAUUUACCUGAGAUUGAUCAAAUUGUGCUGCAACGACAUAUUAACUCCGACUUAUCUUCAGACGAAGAGUAUGAUCAACACAGAGAUUAUGAUGUCGUUCCUAUAAACAGAGUGGUCUCUUAUUUAAUUAAACAAAAAGGCUUGUUGAGAAAUUUGCCAAUGGAAUGGGAACAAGGAGCUAUGAUUGCCGCUAAUUACGACUCAAGGAAAAAUUUGCAAUUGGCUUCAAAAUUAUUUGCAAACCACAAGUUUGGAAAUAAUUCUGGUGAAACUGCUUCUUUACCGGGUGAUUCAUCUAGUUUGAGAAUAAAUACAAAAGUAAAGCAAGAGCCCGAAUCCCCGUGCUUGUCGCGUGCCAGCUCUACAGAUAAUUUGGUUCAUUCUACUACCAAUGCUACUGCUGAUGAUGAUGCUGCUGCUAAUGCUGCUGCCGCUGCUGUGAAGGCAACAACCGCAACUGCGACUGCGACAUCUAGUCUCGAUUCAGAUUAUGGGAACAAAUAUUCCAACGAUGGAGUGCUAUCCGAUUUGAACAGUGAUGAUAAUCAAAGUUCAAUUUCACCUCCAUAUAUGUUUGGCCAAUCCAGUAAUACUGCACCAGCGGCUUCCUUAUUCGCAUAUAACAGCUUCACAUCAUCGAGUAAAAACUCGUCCAUGACAUCGUUGAGCAACAAAUACGAAAACCAUUCGCUAUCCACUGCACCAGCAACCACGCUUAGAAGAUCGUCGUCGUCCACAUGCCAAGCUGGUUUAACGAACCAAAAGGUAAAGAGUAAUAAUGGUUGCAAUGGUCACGUUCACAAACCAGUGCACCAUAGUCGUAUACCAUCCUUGGAUACAAAAAGAAGAAAUAGUUGCUUAUCGUCGCCAGCUUCGCUGGUACAUAAUGUUUUGCUUUCGCAACCACCAUCAGCAGUUUUAAUGCCUGAUGAUUAUGAAUCCGUUGACGAGUCUACAAUUAUCAAUAACCCUAGCACGCAACUUCACCUACAUUUUCCGGAAUCAAGUUUUUAUAUCAAUGGUAGUGGUGGUGCAGAUGUACACCCGCAAACAACAACAGCUUUUGAUGGCCUAUCAGGUGUUUGUGACCCUUUUAUGAAUAACAAGAACCCAUUUGCCGAGAGAUAUUAG